AUGGGUUCUAUGCGCCCAGAUACCGUGGGCCAAGAUACGACGGCUCAAAGUACAAUGGGCGAGGGCUUGAUCGAGGCUAAGCUCAUUUCAAGGGAAUACUGCCGUUCUCACUGGGUCAUCACGCUCAGUCAAUCUGGCAAGUGCAUCAAUGUUGAUUUGUCGAGGAACGUAACUCGCUACUCACGGGACCCCCUUCCAGAGUUUGUCAGUUCCAUCGGCUUUCGCAUCAAGGAGGGCAAACCUCCAAUUGAUAAUCUAAUGGAGCAUUUGUGGCUUCCGGUACCAUUUAUAAAGCGACCCCAGGAUUUCUGCUCUUGCGUUCAAUGGGUAUGGGGGGUUAUUUACAACUACUCCGCAAACAAUUGUAUCGAGACUGUCUCCACGACUGGUAUUUCGCGAGAUGACCUCAUUUGGGAGCUAGUCCGCAGGCAAUCAGAUGCUUUGAUUGAUAUUGAAAUGGACUUUGCCUUGUCGGAGCUCACGUGCAUCGAGGAUUAUGGCAGUCAAGAGAUCAGGUUUAAUGAUCGCAGUGACAGUCAUGCAGGUGCUAAUCCCCAGGACGCGGAGGUGGAUGAUGGAAAAUGA